AUGAAGUCCAAUCCUCUUCUCCUUCUUUUGGCUCAAGGAUUCGCCGCUGUCGCUGUCAAGAGGACUGGCAAUACCAUGUCAUCCAAGACUGAUCCAACGCCUAAGGUUAUUUGGGGUAGCUGCAGUAAUGACAUGUGCACCUAUGAUUACUGGACCAGUGCUGGCACUCGGCAUAAUAAAAAAAAGGAUGAUAUGCCUCUGUGGCGGUCGGUGACUAACACCAAGAAGUGUCCAGGUGAUACAAAGUGCAAAAGUAUUGAUUGUCUGGCAACGAAGGCACAUGAGGUGAGCUGCAACGUCGCCGGCAAGAACAAGCGUAAUGUUGGAGGCAAGAACAAGCGUAAUGCUGGAGGCAAGAAGAAGCGCAAUAUUGGCCGCGAGAGGAAGCACCAGCUCAGAAACCGAAUUUAG